AUGGGGGCUGCUUCAGUCGAUAGGGGAUCACUACAUGACUGCCGAGUCCCAGGCCCUUCUCUGGAUUUUGGCCCCUUGGAUACAAUCCAGGAUUCCCAUUGGCAUCUACGCAGGGAAUUGAAGUUUUAUCCUAAGCUUCAGGCUGAUGCGCAGGAACUUAUCAGACAACAGCAAAGUAAAUUCUGGCCUUUGACCUUCACUCAUGGAGACCUCAGCAGCCUCAACAUUCUUGUCCGCGAAGACGAUAUCGUCAACCCACAGAACCUCCUUUGGGUCCAUGAGAUUGACAAAUUUCUGGAGCCGAUGCCUGAAGAACUGGCUAUAGAACGACUCCGUCAGAAAUGGGUUGGAGACGUCCAAGGUCGACCACAAUCAUAUAUCGUAUAA